GGCCAAAAUUACUGCUACAGGAAAAGUGUUUUAUAGUCAAUUUCCGAAGACACUAUGCCUAACAAGAAUAAACGAUUUGCAGACGAAAUGGAUGAUUCAGAUGAAAGUAAAAAGCAUUUGAAGUCCUGUGUUCGAGUAUGGUGUGAUGGAUGUUAUGAUAUGGUUCAUUUUGGACAUGCUAAUCAACUACGGCAGGCCAAAGCAAUGGGAGACUAUUUGAUAGUGGGAGUUCACACUGAUGCAGAAAUUACAAAACAUAAGGGACCACCAGUAUUUAAUGAGGAAGAACGAUAUAAGAUGGUGCGAGCUAUCAAGUGGGUGGAUGAGGUUGUAGAAGGUGCUCCAUAUAUCACUACCAUAGAAACAUUGGACAAGUACGGUUGUGACUUCUGUGUUCAUGGAGAUGACAUAACUCUGGAUGCUAGUGGACAGGAUACAUAUCGAUAUGUCAAGGAAGCUAAGAGAUACAAAGAAUGUUCUAGAACAGCUGGUGUGUCAACUACUGACCUUGUUGGGAGGAUGCUCUUGUUGACCAAGCAACACCACAGUUGUGGAGAAAGGGAGUACGAGGUUGAUAAAGUACAGUCUGGCUCUAUUAGUAAGGAUCCUUCAACGCACAGUCCGUGGACUGGAAUUUCUCAGUUUCUUCCCACUACUCACAAAAUUAUCCAGUUUGCAGAAGGAAAGGAGCCAAAGCCUGGUGAUGAAAUUGUAUAUGUUGCUGGAGCCUUUGACCUAUUCCAUAUCGGCCAUCUGAACUUUUUAGAGAAAGCCAAAGCGGAAGGAGAUUACCUUAUUGUUGGUCUACACACGGAUCCUGUUGUGAACCACUACAAGGGAUGCAACUACCCAAUCAUGAACUUGCACGAAAGAGUCCUCAGUGUUUUGUCAUGUAAGUAUGUGAAUGAAGUUGUGAUUGGAGCACCCUACAGUGUCACAGCUGACCUGAUGGAUCAUUUCAGGGUAGGAUUAGUUUGUCAUGGAAAGACACCUAUCAUGCCGGAUGUAGACGGCUCAGAUCCUUACACGGAGCCUAAAAGUCGAGGAAAGUUCAAGAGUCUGCAUAGUGGAAGUGAUCUGACUACUCAGAAGGUUGUUGAAAGGAUUAUAAAUCACAGACUUGACUUCGAAGCUCGUAACAAGAAAAAGGAGAAAAAGGAGUUGGCAGCAUAUGAAGCCUUAAUGAAACAGAAAGAAGUAAGAAUAAGUUGAACAGUAUUGUUGGCACAAUGUUUUUAAUAUCAUUAACUUUUAAUUGUUUGAUUUUUAAAUAGGGCAUUAAAUUUCCGUAGAAUUUAUUUAAAUUAUCGACAGAUAUGUGAAGACGAACUUGUAGUUUUUUGAUUUACUACACAUUUGUAUAAAAAUUAUAAUACUAAACCAGCUUUAAUAUUUUAAAAAGCUUUUAUAUGAGUUGAACUUUAGGAAAGUGAAAAUUGUAUUGAUUUGAAUUUGAUUCAUAUGCAGUGUAUAUUAUCUGUGGCACAAGAGCAGCUAGAUAAAAUUUGUACUUACUGCAUUUUUAUAAUUAAUGUUUUGAUUGACUGAGAUGUUGUAUAAUGUCUUGUUUAACCCAAGUGUUGUAUUUAACAGAAUCGAAUUGAAAAUAUGGCUUUGAAUUUAUAAUGAUAAGUUGCUUCUACUUUUACCUUAAAAUAGAAUAAAAAAGAAGGUAUAUUUUUAAAUGAUCUUUUGGGAUUGUAGAAAACUACAUGCUAUCAUAGAAAAGUGUUUUAUUUUAUAACCAAAGUACUUCUAGUGUUUUGUAGUUCUAGUCAAUAUUGAUGAUAAAUGACAAGUUUAAUAUUGGUUUUAUCUAUAUAUAUCUGUAUCAUAAUUGUAUCGCUCGUACCUCGUAUAAUUAUUCCAAUAUUGAAAAGAGUCGAUUUCUACUUAUUUAGUUAUUGUAACUAAUGUUUGGAUUGAUUCAGAAUUUUUGAUAACUUACUGUCCAACCCAAUUGUUGCACUUGGUAAAAUUGAUUUUGUUUAAAUUGCAGUUUGAAAUUUACGAUUGAAGUUGUUUUCAUUAACAAAUAGUAAAAAAAAGAUUUGGGGAAUAACAGAGGGGUUGCUUUUUUAUUUUAUUCUAAAUUUGUCUAAUAAAAGUGUUUUUAAUUUCCGGUUUAUGUUCACUAAAAAAUGAGUUACUUUUAAGCUUAUGUUGAAGAAUAAGCAAAAUACUAAAUACAUUUGUGAAUUGUUAAGAUGGUCUUAUAUUUAUUGGAUUGUAGAUUUUAGAAACUAGGAUAAUCAGUCAUGGUGCUUUAUGUUGAUCAUUUUAAUUAUCAAUUAGCCUAAAAAUCAUAAAAAAGUUUACCUUGAAAUCAGAAUGCUAAUAUCUUUGAGAAAGUUACUGAAGAUGACUGGGUUUCACUUAUAAAUGUUGUAGUUUUGGAAGCCUAAUAAAACAUUUUCUCAUUACCUGUAUGAUUACUUUAGAG